CCGCCUCACAUAUAUAAGGGAGCCGCACCUCUUAGUCCACCGCCACCAGAACUCACCCAACCAUCUUCAAGACCCCCAUACCAUCCUCGCAAGAACCCUCUCGUAAUCCUCCACAAGAACCCUCUUAUAAUCCUCCUCAAGAAUCUCCCAGACCUUCCAAGGGUGUCAUCCGUCGCUUUUUCACAAAGCAUAAUAGAACCACCACCGUGAAGAUCGUGUCAUUCGUAUUGUCCACUCUGCUUCAGCUCGCCGCCAUCGACUAGUCCGUCCCCUGAUCACUCACAAUCACCAUGACGUUCAUUAAGAGCUCGACUUGUCUGUUUCUAUCCGUUCUCGCUGUGGUCAGCUGCCUGAUGAUGGGAACAAGUGGGGAGCCUGCUUGUUGCGAUGCAGUAGUGCCCAGUAGCAGCCCCUCAGGGAAAAUUGGUCUGUUUUGUUUUAGGGGAGGACUCGAUUGUGCCUUUAGUAGGCAAGUAACCACGGACUGCGAACAUUUUACCAGUGAAAGGAUUGGGCUUGAUUGCAAGUAGAUAGAGCUUCGAGAGAUAGAGAUAGAGAAUUUCUUAAUGAAAUAGCAUGUAAGGGAGCGAGUCUCUUAGUACAAUCCCGGUUUCUUCAGUGCCACCCAGUACGCGUAUCGGACUUGGGCGCUGUCAGGGCCAAAGCAGGUAGGAAGGCAAUGAAGCAACAAUAGGGACAAGGCAAGGUAGGUAUUGUAUUACCAACUGAGAUUCUAGGAUACUAUACUAUGGACCACGUAUGGUAAAUAACAAGGUAGUCUAUUGGCGUGGACUCUAGACUAACAGCUGUCCUGUUUGAGAACCCUGCCACUUAUCGUUGCUGACAUGCUGUGUGCGCUGUGUAACCUAUACACAGAAGAGUGUAUAGACAAGAGCUAUGCUUUGUUUAUUUUCUGGAGGAGGGACGACCCGAGUCCG